CAUAGCUGGCCGAUAUCGAUGACUAACAUCGCAUGCUAUGCUACUACUACUCCACUGUCCACGUACUCACCACAUCAACAUUCACUGCUUCUUCUUCAUGACUGAAUGGGUAAACAACAUUGCCUUGUUUACCAACUAUAUAUACCUACCUACCCAUCUUUCUAUUCACGAGAUAACCUAGCAUACAAAUUCUUCUUCACCUAAUUUACUUGAAGCUUAUACUCAUCUUUGAGUUCCUUGUGUGCACCUCACCAAUAAUAUCUAGCAAUACCUAUUCAAAUACUCUUUGAUUAUCGUGUUGCAAAAUGCCUCCAACAAUCAUUUUGAUUAGGCAUGCACAAGCACUCCACAAUGUGUCUCAUAAGGCACGCAACUAUGAGCUACAUGACCCGGCGUUGACCGAUCUUGGCUUCGGGACACAAUGUGACGAAUUGGCUCGUCAUCUCGAGAAUGAGGUUCCACUGGCUCGGGAAAUUGAUCUCAUUGUGGUGAGCCCCAUGAGACGGACUUUGCAAACAGCACAGCAAGGCCUGGGCUGGUUGAUGAAGGGUGGUGUUCCCGUUAUCCUUCGACCUGAAUGGCAGGAGAACUCAAACAAGCCAUGUGAUACAGGAACGCCCAUAGAGAUUAUGGAGAAGGAGUGGCCACAAUUUGACUGGUCAGCUGUUGAUCCACUGUUUCCAGAAAAAUCUGGUCUGUAUGAGUUUUCGAAGGAUGCUCUGAUAAGACGAGGAAUUACCGCUAGGAAAUGGUUACAGCAACGCCCAGAGAAGGUUAUUGCUGUAGUUUCUCAUUCGGCGUUUCUUCGGACUUCCGUCAGCUACAGGCAAUAUGAGAAUGCGGACUACCGAAUUUUCGAUUUUGCUGGUGGCGAUAGACAAGAAAAAGCUGAGCUUGUGGAAAGGGAAGUCACCGAAUCCAGGGGCGGAGGGUUAGGGAAGAGCCCAAAGGGAGUUUUUGGAAUGACCGAUGAUGAUUGUCCUAGUGAGAUUGAGAAGGUCAUUGGAGAAGCAACAACUGAGGUUCCAAAGUAGCUCAGAUCAAUCAUCCUCCGAACCACCUGAUUCAUCCAACCUUUGAAAGUAUGACUCGCUACUAUAAUCUUAUACCCAAACAAAUCUCCUGUCCGAAAUAUGUCAUUCAAGCUACCAGUGCCCCAAUUAUCCGACCAUAUCUAAACAAGGAAGUAUACCUAGCAUUCCUGGAACGUCUCAAUCAUUUCUUGAGACAAUUCUUGUGUUCUGUUAGCAACGUACUCGUAGAUCCGAAGCUGUGACUAGCCGAAUUUCUUCUCGUGAUCUUUCUUGGCUUCUUUGUAUACUCUUUCUACUUCUCCAUCUCUCUUCCUAGUAUAACAUCAUUCUAGUCAUGAGAAAUGCCUUUGAAGGAAUUGGUAUUUUCCAUAGGCGUCGAGUCAGCUACUGUGAACAAUUCAUACUUCAAGAGUAUCUACGGUGGGGGUAAUAAUUUUCCACUCUGUCCCAUGCCGCAUUGAAUAGCUGAGAGUGGAAUAUCUGAUCGUUUUUCUACUGGACUGAUAGGACGAUAAUCUAUGUCAUGAAAAGAUUCUC